UUAAUCAGUCGUUAACGAACUUUUAAAACGUUAAUAUGUUAUAUUUUUUCUAUUUUGUGUUACUUUUAAUUUACAAUGAAACAAAAGGUCAUAAUCAAAGACCUAUUGGAUUACAAGAAGUAUUCAAAUGGAAACAAAUAGAAUACGAUUUCGAUGGAGUUUUAUACAAUUCUAGCACAGAUGAUAUAUCAGCGAAAAAACAAGAGAACGUCACUGACGCUGACAAAUUUUUCAUACAGUAUAAUAACGUUCCUAUCGGUAUGGAAGUUUAUGGAGAUAGGGUGUUUAUUACAAUACCGAGAAGACGACAUGGUAUUCCAUCAACUUUAAACUAUGUUAAAAAAUCAUGUGACGACUCACCUGCUCUUAAACCAUAUCCUGAUACGAAGAGUAGGAGUAAAUUUAUCUCUGUAUAUCGACCAAGAGUCGAUGUAUGUGGUAGGCUAUGGAUGGUUGAUACUGGUCAUUUGGAAGUACCUGGUGAAAGGAAACAAAUUCAGCCACCGGCUAUUGUUGUAUACGAUUUAAGGACAGACAAACAAUUAUUUAGAUAUGAAUUGAAAUCAACUGAUUUAGUCAACGAAAGGUCAUCUGCAGGUCUAACGUCAAUUACAAUCGAAGUAGACAAGAAGUCAUGUAAUAAUGCGUACGCUUAUAUAAAUGAUUUGGCCACCGAAGGUAUGAUUGUGUUUUCUCUCAAGGAUAUGGACAGUUGGAGACUUGAUCAUAGGAGUUUUGUCCAUGAUGAAAGAGCUAUGAAUUUCACAGCUGCAGGGUACGUGAUUAAUUGGAAAGAUGGCUUGUUCAGUAUUACGUUGACAGAUCCUGAUGUCAACGGCAAAAGGAAAGCAUUUUACCAUCCUCUCGUGUCCACACAAGAAUUUGCUAUCAAUACUGAAUUAUUAAAAGAUAAAACGAAAUUUCUAGGACAUAAUACUUAUAUUGGUGAACGUGGUAAUAACACUCAAAGUGGUUCUCACGACUACCACGUCCCUUCUAGAACAAUCUUUUACGCUAAUGUCGCACAAGACGCCAUCUUGUGUUGGAAUAUAGAUACGGAAAUGACACCAGAUAAUGUUGCUAUAGUCGCUCAGGACCACAAAAAACUUGCCUAUAUUUCUGAUUUGAAAGUAAUCGGCGAUGAAAUAUAUGUACUAGUAAAUCAAAUACCUAAGUUUAUUUACUCAAGAUUUGAUACUGAAGAAUAUAAUUAUUUAAUCCAUAGAUAUCGAGUUUUUGAUUUGAUACUUGGCACAGUAUGUGAUAGAGCAGCGCCUUGAAUAUGUUUUUUAAAUAAAAAAUUGUUAUUUGUUC